GGCCAGUCUGUGAGCUGCUGUAGUCUCUUGAGGAAAGAGAAAAGAGGAAGCAGUUCCGCCCUCAGCAGCAGCUUGGAGGCCGAGGAGAAAGGAGAGCAGAGACCGCUUCAGACCCCAAACUUAACCCGAAACACGGUACCUUCGCGCUGGAAGCUGCCUUGGCGGGCGGAUGGUACUCUCCGGCGUGACUUUGGUACUCAGGUGUGGCGCUGAAUGCAGUGCGUUUGAAAGCUGCUUGUAGAUAAUGAGCUCCGUGUGAAGAAAUUUCGCUUUCCUUGACUACUUUACUGUGGACUUUGUCUUGGUUCGGAUUGGCGUUAGCUGCUGGUGAACAGCAGGACUGUGACUCAGGCCCUGGAAGGUUUUUGAUCCGGACAAAUCCCAGUUCAAAGCCAGUAUGAGUGGAGAAGAGGAACGAUUCAAACUGGUGGUGGUGGGAGGAGGAGGGGUGGGGAAGAGUGCCCUGACCAUUCAGUUCAUCCAGUCCUACUUUGUGUCCGACUACGACCCCACAAUUGAGGACUCCUACACCAAGAUCUGUACUGUGGAUGGAAAAGAGACCCGGCUUGACAGUAAGGCUCCAUCACACUGGACAUGCUACCAUGAGGUCCAGAAAUUCCACACCCAGAUCCUGAGAGUCAAGGACCGAGAUGACUUCCCCAUGGUGCUGGUUGGAAACAAGGCUGACCUGGAACAGCAAAGAGUGAUCUCCAGGGAGGAUGCUCAGGCGUUCGCCAGAGAGAACAGGAUCAACUAUAUGGAGGCUUCAGCCAAGAAUCGCUACAAUGUGGAUGAAGCCUUCUUGGAGUUGGUGCAAAUUAUCAGAAGGUUUCAAGAGAUGGAGAGUCCUCCUCCUCCAGCUCAUCACACAGGGAAACAGAAGAGUGGUGGCUGUCCCUGUGUCCUCCUCUAAGCACUGUUCCUAUGGACACAAAGCCUCCUCCUUCUGCAGCCUGUCCAAAAACAAGUUUGUGUUUCUGUGUGUGUGUGUGUGUGUGUGUGUGUGUGUGUGUGUGUGUGUGUGUGUGUGUGUGUGUCCGGGGGGGGGUACAUCAUUAUCUUUUCAAAUGGUUUAAUUUGUACUUUUGCCAAAAGAGACUUUUAAAUGAGUGUAAUCUUUUCUUUUAAUGAGAGGAUCUAAAGGCUGCUACUGACACCCCUGUGUCAGUAGAAACAGUGAGUUUGGUGGAGACAGUACUGUGACUGGUACUGUACCUGUGACAUGGAGUAAUAAUGAUGUUACUGUACAUGGUCAGUGCCCACAAACAGAAAUAUCAUUACACCUCACGUGUUGUAGAAAUGAACAAACUGCUGUUAGAGAGGAUGCUGUGUCCUGCCGGUACAGAUGUCAACAGUGACAUCAUCACACCAAAAUCACACCAACAAUUUAUUUUCAAUACUGUGACUUGUGUACAAAAGACCGACAGUGUACAAAUAUAUGUACGUACUUUUCAGCUUGUUAAUGAACUGUGGCACGCCCAAAGACCUGGCAGAACAUCUGCUUGCUGCAAUGUCCCCUGCAAUCCUGCAGGGGGCAGUAGAGCCCCACAGCAGAGCAAGGGACAGAAACAGAAGGAACAAAGCUGUAGCGGUGGUUCCUGCUGCUGUGUCUGUCGUUUGUUGCCUCCUCUUCAUCUUUCUACAUGCGCUGCCUUAAUGAGUCGGAAUAUUGAGAAAAUCUAUAAAUACCAGAUUGGCCAAUCACUUCAAGGGUCUGAUCAGCUUGUACAUUAUCCAGAUGCAGAUUGUUCCAGUUUACUAAGGCACAGCCUACACCAGCUGGAUGAGGAAGAGUCUAAAUAUUGAAUUAGAAACUGGAUUAAUGUAAGGACACGUGAGCUUCUGCCCUGCAGUGCAGCAGUCAUGAUAGCAGUAUUUUCUUUUUUUGUGUUUUCACAUUUCAAUUUCUGAGCAGUGGGCAACAUGUUGGAUUGACACAAAUACUCACUGGGUGUUUGUUGUUUUGGUGAUCGGUGGACUGCAUUCUGGUACUAAUGUCUUUCUUUCCCUGUGCCUUUAGUUUUUAUUUCAUUACCAUAUAAAAGUGACAUGUGUAUAAUGAUAUUUGUUUACAACAGUGACCCCAAAAAAACACUGCUUGUACAAUCAGCAGAUGAGAGGUAAUUCUUGGCCUUGAGUUUAACAAAAUAAUCCUAACUCAAGGUUCACUUACUAGCUUUCUUUAGAGCUUUUAACUGCAUCUCACGGUCUUCGUUCAACAAAUGGAACUGGCUAAAAAGUCAUCACAUGACCUAAGUGUGGAACCUGUCGUCCCAUAUGGAGAGAGAUGACUCAGAUCAAAGAUGGUCUCUGAUGUCAGAUGUGAAUGUCCUUGAAUCCUGCUCCAUGACUUUGACCUAUUCCAGUGGAUGCUGUGAGAGUUUUUGUUCUGCUGUUCACAGAAAGCUUAUGUUGUCUGUCUCUCUUGUCAUGGGUCCUCGCUGUGUCCACUUAUGUAGCGUUCCCCAUGGCUGUCACGUUUGAUGUCAUGAUGAUGUCAUACACCACCUUUGUCUUCCUAAUGGGGUGGGGAGAACCAGCAGAGAUCUUCAGGUGAUGAAUGGUGUGUGGUCAGUGUUGAGUCCUGCUGGGAGCCACUCACUAAUGAAAACAGUGAUGUGAGGUUGAAAGCUCUGAUUGUAAGCUUGUGUAUUGGAGGGGAUCCUUCAUAAUAACAGGAAUAAAGGACGGUUUUUUGUGUUUGGUUGCUAUGUUGGACUACUGUAUGACUCUACAGAUGUGUGCUACCUCUGUGAGAUUAACAGAGGCCCCAGCCCCACACUCCACACUCACUGCAGUAGUGACAGGGAUAAGAAUGGCGCAGCUGACAGACAUGGCUAAGUGUUUUUAGUGUUUUGCCAUUUGGUGGGUGAGAUUUUAGCCUAUGCCCCCCCAUGCCCUGAAGUGUGUUCUUUUCUUGUCAGUGAGAAAAUCAAAAACAAUUUACAUCUUCAAGCAGCUUCUUCUCUGCUUUUUAUUUGCAAGAAAAGAUCAACUCAAGAUGAUGCACACCAAGAAAAAAAAGAUUUUAUCAAGUUAACUUCAAAUCUUUUAGUACUUUCCAAUUGGUAAUGCUUCAGGCAGUUUGGUUCCACUUCUUUUUCCUUUUAAGAAGAAUUCAUGUUAUAUCUACCUUUCAACCUGCAGUUCACAUCAUCAAUUUUAUAAUGAUAUAAAAGUCAAAUCAUGUUUAUACAUCAUUAAAACAUUUAU